AUGAUAGGCUGCGCUGCGCCAGAACAUCGAAUCAGAAAUGUGAAGCAGAGACCCAACCUGCGGAAGCAGAGCGGCGGCCAUCUGUGCUCUGUCGCUCUUAGCUCUCACGCUCGGUCGCGGUGUAGACUCGAGACUCUUCGGCGCAUGUGUCGCAAUAUUUCGGGAACAGCACAGCCCAGCGCAGCACGGUUCAGUGAAGGCCGAUCUGGAAGCUCCCGAGAAAUUGAAUUCACCAGAAUUCGGCCUUUCCGACUUGGGGCGUUUCGCUGUGGGCGACGGCUGAGCGCGGGGUCGAAUGCUUGCAUCCUGACUCAACGUACAACCAACACCGACCACCAUCUCAUCCACUCACACCCAGCGACAUUUCCAUUCACGGCAGCCAUCGACGCAGGCCUGAGCAUCUACGAACACAGAAAAGCAUCACAGCGUCCGAACGAAGGUUGA